AUGGACUUCUCCGUUUUGCCAAAUAACAACCAUCCCGAUAAAUUCCUUCAACUGGAAGCGAAGUCUUUAGUGAAAAACUCUGCCUUUCUACAAGCCAGCCUGGCAAAAUUCCCAGAAGGAGCUUUACCUGGAGUGCAGCAGUGGCACAACAGGGUCUAUUUACAGAGAGAGAAGAGAAAUGUCACUGAGCUACCAGGCUUAGACUUGAAUGGGGUCAGUCAAGAAAUGAUAGACAAAGCCCUUGGGAAACACAUUACGCCCAUCACUCUGAAAUCCACAAUCAAAAGCAAUCCCUUGUAUAGUGAUAUCCAGGUGGAUGACGACUGGGAGGAGAAGAAAACGACCCCUUCCUGGACUGUGCAAGACUAUGACAAACAUUCGUUGCACUCCAAUUUGUCCAGCCACAUAAAGGAAAAUCCUAAUGAUCUACAGUUCUGGAUGGGGGAUAUUUAUACUCCUGGGUAUGAUACCCUGUUAAAAAAGAAAGAGAGAGAAAAAAAGCAUUCCAAAUGUUGCCGAAUCAUCCUGCUCAUCGUGUUAGCUGUUUGCAUCCUGAUUACCAUAAUCACGCUCAGCAUUUUACUUACUUAG